GAGAGAGAGACGUAGAAAAGGUAGGAUUCGCGCUGCAUCCUGGGUACAUAGCUCCACGGUGAUUCAGGGUGCCUGUUGUGCAGACUGGAAACCAAAGUAAAGUAAACGGGGGAGGGUCGUCUGCACAGGGGAGGGGGGCUUUUUUUUUUUUAAGCGAGUUACAAUGCAUCUCUCACGAUGAGCCAACAACUUCACCGGUCGUCUCCAAGCGGAGUGAGUCACUCUUGAAGCCCCGAAAACGAGACCUUCUUGGCGGCGGGGAGGAGAGGAGAGGAGAGGAGAGAGAGAGCGAGAGAGCGAGCAUGCAGAAGCCGAGCGCCCCGCUCCCUGUUGUCGGCUUGACUGGGAAAUGGUAGCGUGCUGUGGGACCCGCACUUGGAAGGACCAUGGUCGAGAGGAGCAGCAAAUUCUUGUUGAUCGUCGUCGGAUCCGUGUGUUUCAUGCUGAUCCUCUAUCAGUACGUGGCUCCCGGGGUGAUCAAUUUCGGCUCCCCGCACGGGUAUUUCGCGGAGGAAGACGAGGGGGACAUCUUCCCCACUCCGGACCCCCACUACGUUAAGAAAUACUACUUCCCCGUCAGGGACUUGGAGAGGACGAUCGAUUUCCAAAUCAAAGGGGAGGACGUGAUUGUGUUUUUGCACAUCCAGAAAACCGGCGGGACUACCUUCGGCCGGCACCUGGUCCAGAAUGUCCGCCUGGAGGUCCCCUGCGACUGCAGACCGGGCCAGAAGAAGUGUACCUGCUACCGGCCGAACCGCAAGGAGACCUGGCUCUUCUCUCGGUUCUCCACCGGCUGGAGCUGCGGCUUGCACGCCGACUGGACCGAGCUCACCAACUGUGUGCCGGGGGUCCUCAACAAGAAGGAGAACAAGCAGAAGAACCUGAGGAAGUUCUACUACAUCACUCUGCUGAGGGACCCGGUGUCUCGAUACCUCAGCGAGUGGCGGCAUGUGCAGCGGGGAGCCACGUGGAAAACCUCCCUGCACAUGUGCGAUGGACGGACCCCGACGCCCGAGGAGCUGCCCUCCUGCUACGAGGGCUCCGACUGGUCGGGGUGCACCCUGCAGCAGUUCAUGGACUGUCCCUACAACCUGGCCAACAACAGACAGGUGCGUAUGCUAGCUGACCUGAGCCUCGUCGGCUGCUACAACAUGUCCACGGUUCCAGAGAAGAAGAGGGCCCAGCUUCUCCUGGAGUCGGCCAAGAAGAACCUACGAGACAUGGCCUUCUUUGGUCUGACGGAGUACCAGAGGAAAACCCAGUUCCUGUUCGAACGGACCUUCAGGUUGCGCUUCAUCAGGCCUUUCAUGCAGUACAACAGCACCAGAGCUGCAGGGGUGGACUUGGACAACGCUACGGUCCAGCGUAUAGAGGAGCUGAAUGAACUGGACAUGGAGCUCUACGACUACGCCAGAGACCUGUUCCAGCAGCGCUACCAGUACACCAGGCAGCAGGAGAGGCGGCAGCAGCGCAUCAAGAACCACAUGCAGCAGAGCCACCAAGGCCUCGGCCUGGGCGUCAGCCUGUGGCCCUCCCACGGCCGGCAGAGCUCGGUGUCGACACUGGAGGACGGCGAGGGGGAGAGGGAGGAGCGGGAGGAGGGUGAGGAGGGAGGCAGAACGGAGGAGGCGGGCAGCAGGCUCCCCACAGAGGACUACAUGAACCAGAUCAUCAACCGCUGGUAGCAGCAGAAUGAGAACAAACACACGGACACGCAUAUGUAAUGUGAAAUACACACACACACACACACACACACACACACACACACACACACACACACACACACACACACACACACACACACACAGAGCGGCGCCUGCAUCAAAAGACCCAAACGACUGACAAACAGACUUUACUGGAGAGUUGGGCUACGGGAAUGAGAGUCGCAGUGGUUGCUAUAGAGACCUGGGCUUGGUCGAUUGCAUCAGCUCACAUUAUUGAGGUUUGCCCAGUUGUUAUUAGCACCCGCUUGCCCUUUCUCCCUCCCUUCCCCUCUGAGUUUCUCCGUCUCUCCUGUCAUCAUUAAUGAGUGGAGGAGAGAUAUUUUUAAGAACUGCUGACAGCCGAGCGUCUCAUGCAUCUCUCCCGCCUCCUGUUUUAUUCCUCUCGUUCUCUGUGGCCUAAUAUGGAGCAUGAGAAAAAAUAAAAAUUAAGUCUGUGAAUUCCCACAAACUCUUCGCAAAAGGACCAGUCUACUUCCUGGAUACUCCAGUUUCAGAAGAACUGGGACUGCUAUAAAAGUAUGCUAAUGGCUGAGAACAAAGAAAGCGUUUGGAGAACAGCAGAGACUGAACCUGAGAGAAAGAAGCAAAGAAAAGUUGGACUGAGUCGUGUAAUAAAGCUUUCUGCUUAAAAAAAAAAAACUAAAAAAAAAUCUGCCAUUUUACCCAUGAACACGCUUUUGGUCAUGAAAUAAUGACUCAUUCUCAUUUUAGGAUGAUUUAUUUGUAUUUUUCCUUUUUGUUUUAUGCUUUUUUAAAGCGGAAUUGUAAUAACACUGAGACCAAUAUUGCUGCCUAAAGAAAAGUGAUUCCUUUUAUUUCUUUAUUUUUAUUGUUUUUUUAUAAGUCAAAGCUAAUGGAUCGGAUUGAUGUACAAUGGACCAUAGCCAUUACUGAAGCCUUGCAUCUUGGGUGGGAGACGUUGCCUGUUUCUCUGUUGAAGGUUCUCAAAGAGCCUGUCGCUUAACAACUUCAUUUUUCUCUCCUCUCCCUCCUCUUUUUUUUU